AAUGCCCGGGCUUUGCUGAGAGAUUACUGUCCACCCACUCACCCACAGCUAAAGAAAAAGUGGAAGUCGCUACGCUGCUACUUUCCUCCCACUGCGCUAACGCCUCCGAGACGUCACUGAGCCGGCCCCCGGGGGAAAAACAAGCGUUCGGCAGCCAGCCAGAGCAGAGCUCAGCACCCUGCUCACCCAGCCCGGUGCCCACGGAGGAUGCUGAGCAGGGAUGGCCCCCUCCGCCUCAGCCCUGGCACUGUGCGUGGCACUGCUCCUCCUCGCCCGGCGGACGGACGGUGAGCAGCUGGCGAGCCCCACGCAUGUGCGCUUUGAUGCAGAGAUGGCACAUCACAUGCUGCGGUGGGAGCCGGGACACAACCCCCCAGGAGAUGUCCUCUAUGAUGUGGAGCUCAUAGUCUAUGGCACUAAUUUGUCCUGGACAGCCAUUCCGAGGUGCACGAACAUCUCGGAGCACUCCUGCGACCUCACGUACUACACCCUGGAUCCUGUCUGGCGCUACUAUGCACGGGUCAGGGCUGUGUCCAAAAACCUCAAGUCCUCGUGGAAAAGGACCAACUCUUUCUCCCCACAAGAAGCCAGCCUGCGCCUCUCGGGCCAGAGCCUCUCCGUGACGGGCAACACCAUCCACGUGGAGCUGCAGCUGCUCCUCAAGGAGGGCAACCUCACCGUGAGAUUCGAGGACAUUCAAAGGCACGCGAGGCUGUACCGGAUACACAUCAGGAGGGUGCAGGACAAUCGGACGUACGAAAAGGUGGAGACCGUCCCGGAGUUCAACAUUAGCAACCUCUUCUGGGACACGGAGUACUGCAUCAGCGUGGAGCCUAACGUGGCCAGCCGGCAAAUCAAUGCCACACGCACCGACGAGCAGUGCGUCACCACCGGCAAGAGAGACAGGAGUGCAGAGCUUGCCCUGAACAUCGUCAGCUCCUCCUUCAUCACCCUGUCGUUCCUGGGCCUCCUGGGCGUUCUGCUGGUCUGCACCUACAUAAAGAAACCCAUGAGGCCACCGUCCGUCCUGAAGUCUUUCAUAAAGCAGAGCCCGCUCUGGGUGGAUCAGGAGUCCUCCUCCUCGGGCAGCCUGGACACAGACCCCAUUCAGCAGCUCUUCCUGUGCCAGAAGGAGCCCCAGCAGGACAGUGGCCACGAUGGCAGCGCCAGCACAGCCCAGCCAUCCCCAGAGAAGGGCUGGAGGCUCCCAGCACGCCCUGAGGACCGGCUGUUCCUGCUGGGGACAGAGAGCAUGGGGAGCAGAGACAGCAGCUGCACCAGCACUGACAGUGGCAUUUGCCUGCGCACCUCCUCCUCGGAACUGAGCUGCUCCUCGGGCCCUGAGCCCCAGGGCUACAAGCAGCAGCUGCCCAUCAGUGAUGACAGCGGGGUGGGCCUGGAGACCCCCUGCCUUCACCCCGCAUGCUCCUCCAGCAGCAGGAAGGCCAGCCUGACAGAGACCAAGCAGCCCCAUGGAGGGGAGCUCGGGGUCCCCCCUGCCACUGACCAGGACAGCCAGCAAGAACUGGAGUUCCGUGGGUACCUGCAACAGUCCAAGAGCAUGGUAGAGCCGAGGCAGGACCCAGCCACGGGGAUGGUCUUCUCAGGCUGUGCAGGAUCCCUACAGAGCCCGGGGAACACUGACAUCGUGCUGGAGGUAGAGUGCUCCGAGCUGGCUGUGGCCAAAGGGUACCUGAAGCAAUCCUCUCCCCAGCAUCCCCGCAGCCACACACAGGACCUUGCUGCAUGGGGCGCCCCUCGGGAGCCCACUGCCUGGGACUUUUCCAGCCAGGUGGGGUCCCAAGCCCCCACUCUGCUGAGCUAUGGGGUUCCGGGUGCUCCCUUGGCCUCCAAAGCCGGCCCCGAGCUCCUGAAAUCUCCCUUCGACCUGAGCAUCUUCAACACUGACCUCCUGGGGACGCUGCCCCUCAUCUCCAGCCUCAGCAACAACGAGUGGCUCACGCUGCAGAUCAACCCCCUGAGCCUGAUCAACGGGGACAGCAAGGACAGCCGUCUGUGAGCCGUCCCCGGGCUGGGGAGCGGGGCCAGCCCCACACACUGACCCAUCUACCUCUUCUAGCCACUGACCACAGGGAGCAGCUACUCCCAUAAGCUACUGCUGAGCCCCGAAUGCAUCAACCUGAGUGGUGCCGCGGCUGAGACUUGCCCUAGAAGCACCGGCUUGGCUACCUCUGGGGCUGCUUUGGCCCUGGUACCGCUGUGGCCAGCCCUGCCCCUUCCCUCCAGCCAGUCUCUGGCAUAAAGCUAACAAGACACGGGGACGGAGAGCGCUGGAGGGGCUUGUCCCCCCUCCCCUGCCCACCAAGCCCAAGGCUACACCCCCAGGAUGUUUCCAAAGGGCGAUCCUGCCUGGUCUGCCCUCCCCAGCAGCCCCGCACGGGGUACACAGGACCAGUGCCAGCCCUGCGCUUCUCCUCCCCACUUCCCCCUCCCACAAGCAAGCGCCAGGCUCCUCCAGCUGACGUACGUGCCACCACCAAUGCCGUCCAAACCUUUCACAACACAGACACCGAAAGCGAAGAGCAGCCUGACGUCAGCCAGCCAUCCUGCUGCUGGGAGUGUGGACCUCUCGCCUGAACUGACCUCACUGGGAGGAAGCGAGGGACUUUCCUGACCCUACAGAAACCCUAUUCAGCCCCUACGGCAGAGAGCCGGGGUGCUGGCUACCUCCGACAGGGUGCAGGGUGCGGGGCAGCACGAGCCAGGGCAGCCCUGCCUGCACUAUGAUCUGACCUCCUGCCACUAUUGCAU